AUGGCGAAAACCUAUGUGAAAUCCAAGGAGAUGGUGGAGCUGGUCAAUGCGCCAUCCUGGAUGGACAAAGGUCUGGGCUCUCAAAGUGAGAUGAAGGAGGAGGAGAGAAGACCAAGUGCUUAUGGGAUGCUUGGCAGCUUAACUGAAGAGCAUGACAGUAUUGAAGAGGAUGAAGAGGAGGAAGAUGAUGGCGAGAAACCUAAGAGAAGGGGUCCCAAGAAAAAGAAGAUGACCAAAGCUCGCCUUGAGAGAUUCAGGGCUCGAAGAGUCAAGGCCAAUGCAAGAGAACGGACCAGGAUGCAUGGCCUGAAUGAUGCCCUGGAUAACCUGAGGAGAGUCAUGCCAUGUUACUCUAAAACCCAAAAGCUUUCCAAGAUAGAGACUCUUAGACUGGCCAGGAACUAUAUUUGGGCUUUGUCUGAAGUCCUGGAGACUGGCCAGACACCAGAAGGGAAGGGCUUUGUGGAGAUGCUCUGUAAAGGGCUCUCUCAGCCUACAAGUAACCUGGUGGCUGGAUGCCUUCAACUUGGUCCUCAGUCUGUCCUCCCGGAGAAGCAUGAAGAAAAAUCUUCUAUUUGUGACUCUGCUAUCUCUGUCCACAACUUCAACUAUCAGUCACCAGGGCUCCCCAGCCCUCCGUAUGGCCAUAUGGAAACACAUCUUCUUCAUCUCAAGCCCCAAGUAUUCAAGAGUUUGGGAGAAUCAUCCUUUGGGAGUCACCCACCUGACUGUAGUACACCCCCUUAUGAGGGCCCACUCACUCCACCCCUGAGCAUCAGUGGGAACUUCUCCUUGAAGCAAGAUGGCUCUCCUGACCUGGAAAAAUCCUAUAGCUUCAUGCCACAUUACCCCUCUGCAAGUCUAAGCUCAGGGCAUGUGCAUUCAACUCCCUUUCAGGCUGGUACCCCCCACUAUGAUGUUCCCAUAGACAUGUCUUAUGAUUCCUACCCCCACCAUGGUAUUGGGACCCAACUCAAUACAAUCUUCACUGAUUAG